AUGGCAGACCCAACAGAAACCAAUCCUGGCGAAUCGGCCAACCUGCCAACUGAACCGAAUGCGCCGGCUCCAGCGACGAGUGAGCCGCCUGUGUCGAAUGUGCAACCUUCAGAAGAAACCAGCCCGCCUCAGCCCGAGCCCACCCAGGCUCCGACGUCGACAGCUGAGCCUUCACUAGAGCCAUCGCUAUCACCGCCAGAACCGCCGUCGCCGCUGGCUACGGAUACAAAUCAGCAAGGAAUCACCGGCACCUCUGUAGAGGAGACACCUGCCCCAAAUGUCACCACGUCCUCUGUGAUAUCUUCGCUUCCGGCAAUGGAUACAUCCCUCCCAUCCAUUGGUUCAUCUCACUCCCUGGAUGACACAGACAUGCCUUCAUUUGACACUGCCCUGCGUUCUGUGGGAUCUUCUGCGGCGCCCGAUCUUUCGCUCCCAGCAAUUGACACAACCCUACCCUCACUGGACUCAUCACUCCCAGCGAUCGGGACUGAUAUUCCUACCAUGGACCACUUUGGUGACGAUAGCCAUUUCGGACACCACGAUCCGCACGAGGGGUCUGAGCACACGAUAGGUGCAGGUCACGAUGCGAUUCACCAGGGCUCUGUGAAUGGCUCGACUCAUUACCAGACCCCGUCUAAUGGCAGCUACCACUACACUCAGAACUCUGUUCCCACGCAACAGCUUGAUGGACAACAGCCGCCAUCAGCUCCGUCUCAACAUCAGUUCCAGUCUCAGCCGCAGCAGAACUACCAGCAGCAGACCUCCGACAUGUACCACAACACAGGCGGAGGCUUCUCGAGUGUGAACGCAAACCCCAGCAACAACGGCCCAGGACAGUCCGGACAAAUGCCCCAAGCGCCGAUUGGGUCCCCUAUGCCGUCUAACAUGCCUUCUAUGGCGUCUAUGGGGCAGUACAUGACCGGCUAUCCGUCCAGUGUUUCGCCCUCGGGCAUGAAUUCGAAUCAGCAGAUGCGGUACCCACUUCCCGGAGACCCAAAUAAGAUCCUUUCAGGUGGACGACACAAGAAAGAAGUUAAGCGACGCACAAAAACUGGGUGUUUAACAUGUCGCAAGCGACGAAUCAAGUGCGACGAAGGACACCCGGUCUGCAGAAAUUGUGUGAAGAGCAAGCGUGAGUGUUUAGGCUACGACCCGGUGUUUCGACCUCAAGCAUCCACUCCGUCGGCCAUCCAGCCAGCUCCGAAUCCUCCUCCGUCCCUCGUCGUCAACCCCCAAGGCCCUCCUGCGUCAUCGGUGCCUUCUUAUCCUUCUGCGCCCCCUGGGUAUAUGCCCGCUUCCUCGCAACCUUUCGCGCCGUCUCUCCACUCUGAGUCUCCCAGCAACUCAACCGACCACCCAGACAACGGAGCGAGUCUUGAUCAUUCUCUCGGAACCACCAACGCACCGAAUACUCCAAUCAUGCAGACUGCUAACGAAGUACGGCCCCAGAGCUCGGAGCCGAUAUACAAAGCAGCCAAGAACCUCCAUGUCAAUGACCUGAUCGCUUUGCGAGGCAUCGCUCCACCAGCUCCUCAUCCCAUCGCCUCCCUUCCCCCUGGUCGCCUCGAAGAGAUUCAAGCGGUGUUCCUGGCCACGUACGCCCCUGCAAUUGAUAAGCUGUUAGAGGUUCGGUGGUAUUCGGAGAAGGCGCUCUCGACUCUCAUGGCGGAUGCGCAGCUCAUGGCGGACUACUCGGCGUUGAUUAAUGCGUUCAACGAUUGGAACCUUAAUGACGGUAACACAGUUGCCCGUCUGGAGAGUUUCGAGGCUUCGAUAAUUUGGAGAAGCAUGACUCUUUGUCGCCAAGUACCGAACGCAGAGAACGGGCAAUAUGGACAAGACUGGAACCUGCUUGUAGCAAACACUCGUCUCAACGCGAUGGAGGCCCUUCUCACCUGGACCCACCUUGAUCAGAACUCCUUGUCACGAGCGCUAGGAAUGGACGCGGCAACCCCACCCAACCAGCCAGAUCAGUUCAUGCAGCGGCAAUUAGAUUUCUGGAGCGAACUUGGCGAGUUCCUGACGCUUCACGAUAAUGAAGCUAGCUCGGCCAAGCAGAUUGACGAUACCCUGGGGCGGUGUCGCCAUUUGCUGGAUACCUAUGAAAACCGCGACAUCAUCUACUCCAUCGCCAUUGCGCGGCACCUUGGGCAGCGUUGGGCCGACUUCCCCAACAGCCUGCCUAAGGUUGGAUACACCGCGGAGAAAGAGUCCGGCACCAAGCUGUUCGUCGCGCAGAAGUUCAUCGAAGAAGAAGCCGAGGGCAAGGGCACCACGCAAAUUUACAAGCGGGUUUGCUGCAUGGCAGUUCGCUCGUGGUGGGUUGCCCGUGGGUAA